AUGAACAAGGGCAACAAGGAGACGGAGAAAACUGUGCAGAAGGAGAAAACGGAGACGAAGCAGAACACUGAGGCUAAGGAGAAAACGGAGAAGAAGAAGGAGAAAGUGGAGCAGAAGCGCCAACCCCCAACGGAGAAGAAGGAGACAACAGAGAAGAAGGAGAAGAAGGACAAGAAGGAGAAGAAGGACAAGAAGGAGAAGAAACAGACAACGGAGCAGAAGGACAACUUAGGCAAAAGCAAGCAGAAGACGAAGGACAGCGACAAAGACACGGACAACGAGAAGAGCAACAGCAAGACACAGGAAAAGGCCAAGGAGAAGAGAAAGGAGCUCAAGGGCCAGACGGACAAGGUUGAGGCAACUGCAGGGUCCAAGGAUAAGCGCACGGGCAAGACGCGCAAGGAGGCAGAGAACAAAGAGGUGGAGAGCAAGAAAAACAAGGAGGGGGGCGAGGGCAAGGUCAAGAUCACGGCAGGCAGCAGCGCGCAGGAAAAGACUUUGCCUAAGACCGGGCAGCCUGAUGAGACUGCGAUCAAGCGACUCCAGCUUAAGAGGAAGGCGCAAGCGUGCAGCACCGCGACAGCAGCUGCGGGGUCAAGCGAAAGCUCCGACGAGGACUCCAUCGGUGCAGAGUUGGCUCAGCAGGUGCAGAAAGUUCAGGGCAGCAAGAGCAACGACAACCCUGACGUCACUGCUCAGCAGAAGGAGGGGGAGUCAGAGCCCUACAUGGAAGAGGCAGAAGAAGAGGAUGAGGGAGACCCUGACGAGUCCGUGGAGAGCGACGAAGAGGCGAGUGAGGUGGACAAGCCGGCGGCCAAGGUGGCGGAAGUCAAGGAGAAGGAAGGUGUCAACAGCAAGCGGGAGUAUGACGCUUUCAGCCGCGCUCUCUUGAGCAAGAAGUUCCCUGGCAGCCUCAGCUCUUACGCGAACACGCAGAAGACGGAGCUCUUCAAUGCUUGGCUGGAUUCUGGGCGUUCUUGGGCGCAGGUGGAGCUGCGCAUGGAGCGGUCGAGGGAGAAGUCGAGCAGCUCGCUUUCAGGUUGGCAUGCCGUUCAGGGCAAAACUCUGCGCCAGCAGCUCACUCAGGAAAAGUGGACGGCGCUGGUAGCGCGCAGGAAGCAGGCUGGGCUGUACUACGAGGACGCGGAUUUUCCGGGAGACUUGGUUCUACAUGAGGAAGGGCGGGAGGUGAACCAAGAGAACCGGGUAUCUGAGAAGGCCACGCUGGAGGGAAGGGCUGACUUGAACGAGGAGAUGUUGCAGACCUUGACAGACGAGGGCGAAGGCCUGAUGAGGGGCGGCCAGCUUCCUGAGGUUGUUGCUGCUGGCGGUCAGAAGCAGCUGCUGGACGCUUUGUGCGACGAGAAAGUGGGCGCGCCGAAGAAGAAACCGAAGCCAAAGCAGGUUGACGAUGAGGCGGAACUUGUCAAGCCAAAGACCGUACCUCAGCUGGCAGAGGACAAAAUGGCGGAGCUCUUGGCAGAGUCCACAUCAGCCCGCAGGAAGAGCAUGACAUUGGGCAGCGUGGAGUAUGCUGGAGAGUUGUCCACACAGUUGCUGGAGCACGCUGAAUCGCUGGAGAAGGUCUACAAGCAGCUCCAGACCGCAACUGCGGCUGGCGUGAAGGACGAGCAGUUCUACGAGAAGGUCUUCAAAGUUGUUGAUCGCAAGACGCAGUGGUAUGCGACAGCUGAGGCAGCAGCUGACUCCAUCCUGGCAGGGCUCAAGAAGGCAGGCAAGAAGAACAAGGACAAACAGGGCAAGCCGAAGGGCAAGAGUGGGAAGAAGAAGGAAGGUCGGAGCAGCCUCUUCACGAGGACGGUGACGCACCUGUCAGAAGUGGCGCUGUUCUGGGAACACGUCAAAACUUUGCCUCCGUGGAAGGGGCACCCAGCCCUCCAGGAAGGGGCAGGCGUGGACUUUUCAAAACUGGCCCCGGUUGUGUUUCACUACGACGGGGCGCAAAUGUUCCGCGACGAUGAGUACUUUGUCUACUCAAUGAGCUCAGCCUUCGGGGCUACAGGGCUUGUGACUGCUUGCUUGCUCUACAAGUUUCCCAUUCUGCUCCUCCCCGAACGAGACAUGCAAGAAGAGCCAGUCUCGUGGCUGGGUUUUGAAGGGUUCCCCCGGUUCCCCCACCUCUUCCUCACCACCGCCCCGCCUGCUAGCCUAGCCUUGCUGUUUAGUAUUGAAAGGUUCUUGCUGUCUAGUUUUGAAAGUUCCUUCAUUUCCUUCCUCUCCACAAAUGCCCCACAUAAGGUCAAGCAAGCUGCGAACAAGCUCGUGGCCGACCUCUGUGCCUGGAGCAUGGAGCAUGCUCUCAGCGGCAUCGCGCCUGUGCGAGGAUUUUAUGGGGAGGAGUUCGCAGCUGACACUUGGCGGGCGGGCAUGGCUGGGAAGCCGAUGGCGAAUAGCUUCAAGCGCUGUGGCAGCAAUGUCUGCAAAGUCUUCAAG